AUGCUGGCUUGUAUCUCUGUCACACCAGAUAUCAUGUCAUAUCGGAAGCCGGAAGCUGACGGACAGCGGAAUGACUGUCAAUCAGAGGCGGACCAUGGUUCGGAUGGUGAUGCGAGGCUGAGCCCUUACUGGUUUGAUUGUAGCUAUCGCGACUUUGUUGGGACAGCAUCUGGGUUGGCUUGGGCGCAUCAGUCAUCUUUCACUGCGAGGAUGCCCGGCAGCUGCUCGCGACUUCCCGUGUGGACUUUAUUACCCGAAACUUGCCUCGACAGCCGCAACAGCUCCACACUAUACCUGUUUCAAAAGACGAGACAAAUUUGCGCCACCGGUAAGCCUGGCUGCAAGCGCGCUCCCACCGAUUACACUUAUGCAGAUGUGGCGGAGUGGCUCAUCUGUUGUCGAGCCAUGAUCUGGAGUACCAAUCCCAACCUACCGCGUGCCGCAUCCGCCGCAGUGGGUUCGCAUAUCAAUGAGACCACGUUGACAAGCCUAUGCAUGCCGAGGAAAUACAUUGCAUUCUUGCAACUGGAAAGUCAACAAAUCACAGGUUCCAUUACAUUGACAAGGCAUGCCAAGGGGCCCGGCGCCACGAGAGCCCCGUGACCUGGCCGUCACAUCGACCGUUACAUAUCAACACCGACCCUAAUUCGAGGCCUACAGGAAGAAAGGCAUCCGAACAACCCUCCGUUCUCCAACGGUCAGAACACCCACUUGCCAGGGCUUAGUCACUGGAAAGUCCAGGCACCGGGCACUGGG